AAAAACGACGGCGUUCCGACACAGUCAAAACCCUAAAUCUAGAGCGAAACGCUUAAACACAUGCCCUCCUGGAAAACGGGAUAAACAGAGAAAAAGCAACCAAAAAACAGCUAGAGGAACAGGUGCUCCCAAGUUUCUUUGAUUACCAGAGUUUGUGAUGAUGGAGGGUCAACCCCAAGUUAAAGCUACACUUCGGCUUGGUUCUGAAUUGUAUACGGUGAAUGCCAAAAAGGGUGGUGCUCUCUCUGAGCAGCUGUCUUCAAUGAAAGAGGAAAGUAUGAGCAUAUUGAAGGAAUUCAUCACCAAACACAAUGUUCCCAAUGAUGUCCCUGAUGAAUUGGUUGAAAGCUCUUCCGAAGACGACGAGGAAGAUGAACAAGUACCCAAGAAGUCUCACGUCAAGUCCAAGAAAGCAAAGAUAAAUUAGCAGUAGCUCUAUUGCUUCAGUCCAAAACAAAAAUUUAUAUGGAACUUUUCUAGUUUUCAACAGUCUCCUGUGUUAUUGAAUAUACAAUGAAUCAACUAUUUUAGCAUUGUGUUGAAUGCUUUAUGAAAUAGAUUUGAAUGAAAGACCUAAAGUUAUGGUACUUUUUAAC